AUGCAUGCUUUUGUGUUAUUUUUCGUAGCUCUAAGUCCAUUUUCUGUUAUAUCCUUCGUGGAGGCUAACAAAGGCCUAAGCUUCAGCGUCGAUCUUAUUCAUCGUGAUUCCCCUUUGUCACCUUUUUAUAACCCUUCACUAACCCUAUCAGAGCGUAUAAAAAUUGCUGCCUUGCGUUCCGUUUCUCGAUCCAAUCAAAUUGGCAUCGCUCUCCUAAAUGAAAAUAAAUUACCCGAAUCCAUUUUAAUUCCAGAUCAUGGUGAAUACUUGAUGAAAUUUUACAUUGGUACCCCACCUGUUGAAAAAUUUGCCAUUGUUGAUACAGGAAGUGAUCUUAUUUGGAUACAAUGUUCUCCUUGUGAGAAAUGUUUUUCUCAAGACACCCCAUUAUUUGAGCCAAGUAAGUCUUCUACAUUCAGUAGUUUGUCAUGUGACUCACAACCUUGUACCAUACUCCCAGAAGGUCAACAUGCUUGUUCAGAUUCAGGUGAGUGCAUAUAUGCAUACCAAUAUGGUGACAAAUCAUUCACCGCUGGAAUAUUGGGUACUGAGUCCAUUACUUUUGAUUCCUCGGGUGGGGCCAAUACCAUUGCUUUUCCUAAGUCUAUUUUCGGAUGUGGAAUGUACAAUAAUUUCACUACAAUUGAUGAGGACGGCAAGCUCACUGGACUAGUGGGUCUUGGAGCUGGGCCAUUGUCACUAGUUUCACAAAUAGGUGAUCAAAUUGGUCACAAAUUCUCUUAUUGUUUGGUUCCAUUCACUUCAAAUUCCACUAGUAAAUUAAAAUUUGGGAACGGAGCAAUAAUAAAUGGAGAUGGGGUUGUCUCCACUCCCCUCAUAAUUAAACCUAUUUUACCUACCUUUUACUUCCUCAAUCUUGAAGGCAUCACAAUUGGACAAAAAACAAUACAAACAGGUCGAACUGAUGGCAACAUAAUCAUUGACUCGGGGACUGUAAUGACAUAUCUUGAACCAAGCUUUUACAACAAUUUUGUAACUUCAUUGCAAGAAGUCCUUAGUGUUGAGGUAGUACAAGAUCUUCCUUUCCCACUCAACUUUUGUUUUCCAUAUCAAGAUGAAAUGUAUUUCCCUGAUAUUGCGUUUCAAUUUACGGGAGCAAUUGUUUCUCUGAGACCUAAAAACACACUUUUUUGGCUCGAUGACAACAACAUACUUUGCUUGGCAAUAGCACCUAGCCCUGCAACUGGAAUUUCUAUCUUUGGAAAUUUGGCACAGAUUGAUUUUCAGGUGGAGUAUGAUCUUGAAGGGAAAAAGGUUUCUUUUGCUCCCACUGAUUGUACCAACAAUUAG